AUGCUGCAACGGCACCUGCGCCGAUCUAUCCACGAGCAUAGCGAGCUGUGGAUCCUGCACCGCAGCCCCAUGUACCGGUCUCCUCCCCGCCUGCUGCAACGGCACCUGCGCAGACCUCCUAUCCAGCCCCCAACACUGCGGCUCAUGCAGCGCUUCCCCAUGCACCGGCACCCUACCAGGCUGCUGCUCAGGAAUAUGCACCGAUCUCUCUGCCGACAGCUUCCACUGCGGAUCCUGCACAGCGGCAACCUGUACGGGCGUGAACCCCAAGUGCUGCAACGGGACCUGCGCCGAUCUCUCUUCAUCCCUGACACACUGCGGCGCUUGCAACGCGACAGCAUGCACGGGCGUCUCCCCAGCCUGCUGUUCCGGCACAUGCACGGAUCUGAGCAUCGACCCGAACCACUGCGGCGCCUGUCUCACGCUCCCAUGUGUCGGGGUUAA